CAAUCGAGUGCAGAAUUCACGUCGGAGUUUUUUCUGACGUGCAACCGGAUGUAGACAACGUGACAAUUUCCCGUCCCCACGUGUGUAGGGAUGUGAAGCAAGUCAGGGUUCGUUAUUCCACUAAAACUCCGACAAUCUUACACAUUUAUCUGAAGAUUUACCUCACACUCCUUAGAAAUGGCUGACAUUGUGCAACAACGAUUAGAGGACAGAAUACCAGCGCUUGAACAGUUGGAAAGAGUCGGUUUGUUCACUAGUAAAGAAGUCAAGUCUAUGUUAAAAAGAUCUACUGCUCUGGAAUACAAGCUGCACCGGACAGUUCAGAGUAAAGACGAUUUUAUCACAUACAUACAGUAUGAAAUAAACGUCCUAGAGCUUAUCAAGAAGAGGAGAGCAAGAAUUGGUUACCAUUUUAAACGGGAGGAAAUUGAAUAUCCCAUCAUUCAUCGCAUAAACCAUGUUUUCAGAAGGGCUACAACAAAAUGGAAGGAGGAUGUGCAGCUCUGGCUUUCACAGGUUGCCUUUAAUAAGAAAUGGGGCACAAAGACUCAGCUCAGCAAGGUGUUGUCAUCCAUGUUAGCUAUCCAUCCUGACAAACCAGCUUUGUGGAUAAUGGCUGCUAAGUGUGAGAUGGAGGACAGAAACUCUUCAGAGAGCGCCCGACAUCUCUUCCUCCGUGCCUUGCGCUUUCAUCCUGAGAAUAAGAAAGUCUAUCAGGAGUAUUUCCGGAUGGAGCUCAUGCAUGCUGAGAAACUGAGGAAACAGCAGCAGGAGUUGGAAGAAGCUAAAAUAGAUGUGGGGGAAUAUAAUUUUUCUCCGGAAAUCUUGAGUGGAAAACUUGCUGAGGUGGUGUACAGGGAUGCUGCACAAAAAAUUAAAGGGGCUGAAUUCAUCUUGUCGCUGCUACAGAUUGCUGCCAUCUUUGACUUCACAAAGGAGCUACAGGACACCAUCCUGCAAGAACUGCAGAGUCAGUAUGUCGAUGACUGCAUGAUGUGGGAUUUUAUGGCUAAGCGUGAGCUGGAUGCUGCUGGGGCUCCAGAGCUCCAGUCCGCGAAAGGAAGAGCUUCUGAUACAGACCGCAGAGAAGAACGCUGCUGUGUCGUUUAUGAAGAGGCUCUAAAGAGCCUUAAUACAGAGGCCAUGUGGACAUGUUAUGUCACAUUCUGUCUUGAGAGAUAUAAGCGGAAGACAAAUGUCAGUGAACUCAAGGAAAAGAGAAAGGAACGAUUACUCCGAGUCUUACAGAGUGCUCAUGAUGCCAAGCUUUUGCAAGAGUCAUUCUACAAGAACUGGCUAAAGGUCCUUCUGUCGUCAGGGGAUACAGUAUCUGCUACCCAGAUUGCCAUUACAGCCACCCAGUGCUUCAGCCAAUCAGUUGAGAUGUGGAGCUUCAGCCUCCAGACAUUGGUCCAGCUGGAGAGCACAGAGGCGGGACAUCUAUUCCAGGAAGCCUUGAAACACGUGAAUCCCAAGGAAAGUCUUCCAUUAUGGCAGCUGCAGGCAGAUUGGUGCAUGACCUCGCAGAGACCAGAGGACACUGAGACCUUUUUUCAGAAAGGGCUUCUGUCCCUAGUACCUGCAGUGUCAUCUGCCAUGAAGGAAAAAUACCUUGAAUGGUCAUAUAAAACUGGUGGUUACAAAAGGGCUAGAAAAACAUUCACAAGCUUGCAUGAACACAGACCAUUCACUAAGGCAUUCUUCAUGAAGAUGAUUGAGAUUGAGAAAGAGCAGGAGACACCAAAGAUAAGUAACCUGAGAGACUACUAUGAGCGAGCGCUUCGUGAGUUCGGUUCCUCAGAUGAAGAUCUCUGGAUGGACUACAUCAAGGAAGAGUUGGGAAGGCACGGAAACCCAGAGAACUGUGGGAAGCUCCACUGGAGGGCUGUUAAGACUCUGGAGGGUGAAAGUGUUGAGCAUUUUACCACGCAGUACACACUUCUGCAGACCGGGCAUGUGUAAAACCAGCAUAAAUAUUCAGUGUGUGUUCUGUAUUGUUUCUAUAUGGACCACAGAAUGGCUUCAGUGAUUUCUCUUUGAAAAUCCCAAUACUCGUGUUGCAGUCUGUUAAGGGAAAAAAUUCAUGAAUUCAAGUUCAUUCCCUGAUCCUUCUGAAUUUUUCCAAACAUUCUGAUGCAUAAACAUUUGUGCUUUUCUGCUGUUCCAGUAAUAAACAUUUUAUUAUGA